CUGAAACGCCCUUCGACUCUCACCAAGCGUGUUCGCGAAAGUAUUGCCUACAACGCAGGCCUGUACUAUAUCAAGCCCCUGAGAUCAUCGAAGCCUUGCCCGCUGGCAAAACUUCCUUCCGAGAUCAGGACACAGAUCUAUGCUCACGUAUUUGGCGAUCUCCAAAGACCGAUUUUGAUGAACUGUGGCCGUACACGACACCAGCCGGUGGCGUUGUUACAUGUAUGCCGUGCCGUCCGUAUUGAAGCAGCGUACAUAUACUUUCCUAAGGCUUCAUUUACGUGGAUUAUCAAGAACCUCAACUUCAGCAAGGCUAUAAAAUGGCUCCAAAGUCUGCAACCGUCUCAUAGAGCCUUGCUGUCGCGCAAUGCAAAUCUGACUAUCGAAAUUUACCCCGGCCUCUCAAAAUCGUUCACCUAUCCACCGAAGGACUUUCUCCUCGACGAUACGAUAGCAAAUCACUGGAAGGCCUGUCAAUCUUUUGGCAACUUGUAUACCAUCAGGGGAACCAAUCCCGAUAAUAUGCGUCUCUACUUCAUAUUCUUCUGCAGACUGGCCGCCUGGGCGAGGCUGCGCAACCAGGCCGGCUAUUCGGAAGUCAGGUGGAGGUAUACCUUCGACAUGCCAACAGACAGGAACAGC